CUGCUGGCGAUUAAAACAUACAAAGUAAAUUGUACUAGAUGAUGAUAGAGGCGUUGAAAGAUUCGGUGGAAGGAGACCAGUGGCGAAUGAAUGACAAUGGAUUUUGACUGCAAAUGGUCUCCAAUGACAGCAUCACAGGUAUUUUGGCAAGAGAUGUCGGCGGAUCGUGACAUGCUGAGAACUGGAAUCGCCGAGCGGGUCCAAGCCGGGCGCUCACCGCCGCUUAGAAGACGGAGAACAAGGGAAUACAUUCCAAACUCGAGAUCAACACAAAGGCAAGGCUAUCUGGAUCAAAACUUGCACGAAAGCAGUUUAUUCACUGAUGAAUUGACCUACGGAACCGGCCGUGAUGUUGGAAGACGUCUGUAUCCUGACGAGAAUAUGAACAAUUUAACACGUUCUUCCAGCGAAAACCAACACCAUUUGCAGGAUAUUUUACGAGUUAUGCCGGAGAACUCGCAUCUGAGCGAAAGGUAUCAGAUACUCAAAGCGGAGAAUAAAAUACUCCGCGAGCGUCUGCAAAAUGCGCUACAAAGGGAAAUGAAGGCUCUCAAGACAUUUAAGAGACUUGCUAAAGAAAACAGGCAACUAAAGCUGAAUUUGAGGAAAUACGAGAGAACAUUGCUCGGAUUCUACGACGAUGACUCAGAUUCAGACCAUGGUGAACACCCAAAAGAUCCAGAGUUUGGCGUUCAUUUACGACAGGAAAACAGCACCGUGUUACACGGGGAGGACUUAUGCAACGGACAGGAAACGCCAGAAAGAGACUGUAACCAAACACUUCAGCCUUUAAAAGAAACAAAGAGUAUAUCUACAUCAACGGAAGAUAUCAUGUUUACGAGCAAAGAAGAUAAAUGUACAUCAACGGAUGAUUUGGAAAUUUUUGGAAUAAAAACGGAGUCUGCGGAAAGCUCAGACUUUGAGAACAACGACGACAAAGUUCUCGAGUGCGCAGGGCCUGAGUUCCAUGCUACAAGUCUUGUUGAGGCAAGUAAUGACGCCUGCGCGGGAAGUGAAUACCCAGCUCCAAAUCUGACCGAUGCGACAAAAGUACAGUUACUGCAAACCCAGUUACUCGCCAUGCAAACACAAAGUGUUCAAGAACGAAGGAAAUUCAGCGAUACUCGACGAUAUUGGACGGACCCCAUGAUAGCUAAUAAUUUAGGAAUGAAGGAACUGCAAAGAGCGUCUAGUUCACCGAGCUUAUUGGAUGGGUGUGGCGAGAAUAGUACAGAGAAAAAGAAUCUCCAUUGUAAAGAUGGAGCGUCGGUCCCUAAACGACGCGUGUCGGACGGCAAUAAUCCUUUCUCAUCUGAUUUUAUCCCUCGCUCGCGACCAUCGUCAUUUAACGAUAGUGAGCUUAGCACAGUUCCUGAGGUGACUGUUUCACAAGAUGAAGAACGUAAUGACGGUGAAGACAGCUCCAGAUCACCUUCUCCUAAUUCAAGGCAUUCCCAAGAUGAUAUAGCAUCAAGCUCAUCGUCACCAGUUCCUUCUCCAAUAAGCGAGGAAAGUCUGGCUUUCCAAAGAUCACCGCGGGCGUCUCCAUUUAUUCUGGACGUGGAUUCCGUGAUUAGCGAAAGGCACCAGAACCUUCUGGCCGAGGCUUCAGCCUCGCCCAGUCCACAACCGAGUCCAGCCGGAAGUCCUCAGAUAAAAAGAAAACUGGCUCAUACAGUAUCACUUCCACCAACGUCAAUUCAUCAUUACUUGGGCGUGCAGGGACAGAGCAAAGACAUUGAGGACAAGAACGACCCUCCCCCAAUGCGCCGUUCAAGAAGGAAAUCUAUCGAUGACGAUGAAAUCUACGUCAACAAAAACCGUCAAACGUCUGUGUCACUGAAAUUCGAAGGUGAUAUCGAAAGAGAGAACGCCGAGAGUCUGGCAGCGGACAUCGUAGAAUUUCUAAAAAGUCGCACGAAACGAUCACGAGCAGGCACAGUGCCGAGCCCGCGGACGUCAAGAGAGGAGGAGCUAAAAGGAGAAAAUCUGUCAGCGGACGAAGAUGAUGCUAUUUUCACUCAAUCACGGUCAAUGCGCGCGCGACGAGGCUCUGCUGUGGUGUCCAUGCCUGGGGACCACUAUCAAAUGGACCUUCAUGUACUUAAUGUUCCAGGAGAGGGGAUUGAAGGAAAGGCACUGAGUGUAAUCCGCGAGAAGAAGGAGCUUUCAGGAUCAUCUGCAUCACUCAACAGCAUAGUUUCAGAUCCAGACAAGAAGUCACGAUGGUCUAUCCUUAGAAGAAAUAAGAAAAUGCUGUUACUCAAGGACAAGCAACCCAGACAGGGGGAAGAUUUCAAAGAAAGUUUGGCUCGCAUGAGGGACAACCCGAAAGCCAUUGUAACGCAUGAACUGGCUGAGUUUAAGAAUAGUCACUGGACACAGCUUAUGGGUCAGAGCAUAGAGAAUUGUCCGAGAAGGCCUCGGUCUGAUGGCAUCAGGGCACUGUCUGAUCAUGAGACCAAAAGACGCGAGGCAGUAUGGGAACUGUUUCACAGCGAAGUCAUUUACCUGAUGAGCCAUCUAUUGGUUCUUAAAGAGGUAUUCCUUGAACCCUUAAAGGAGAUCCAGCAAAUGGGACAUUUACAGCAUGUGGACGUCAAUAAAAUCUUCUGUAAUGUCCAGGACCUUUGUGAGGUCAGCACUCGAUUUGCAAAGAAUCUUCUACGUGUGUUUCAAAGUGAACAGCCCACACAGUUUGGCAGCACUGCUUCUGUUGUCUCGGCUUUUACUGAGUUUAGUCGAAAGGUUCAUCCGCAGUAUCAACGAUAUUGUUUGAAUUACUCAAAAGCUCUAAGUUAUUUGGAUUCUCUGAAGAAGGACGAAGACUUCCAAGAAUUUAUAAAGUGGUGUGAGUCCGACAGUAGAUGCAAUAGACUCCAAAUCACGGAUCUUUUAGUGGCACCACUCCAACACCUUACAAAAUACCCUCUGCUACUCAAGAACAUCAGCAAAAGAACUUCAGAGGGAGAUGAGCAACAUCGUUCUCUUUCUUCCAUCAUCAAGGCAGUAGAACUUUCGAUACAGGAAUUAGAAGGCAAAGUAAAGUCCCGCGCAAACUACGAAAGAUUACAAGAGCUCCAAAGUAGUUUAGUUUGGCCUUCCAUUGCUGAGCUGGAUCCAAAGACAUAUGUACCCGAGUUUUUGAGAGGAAUACUGCUAAAGCAGCCCUGUGAGAGCCUAUUAGCAAGUCCAAAGAGACAACUGCUGUACGAAGGACCUCUCAUGUUAAUUGAAAACGCCAAAGUCGACGUUUAUGCAUUCCUGUUCGACGACAUGCUUCUUUUAACCAGAUCCAGGAAAUUUCCUCUAAAAGUAAAUAAGAAACUAAAUCUGGCAGGAAUGACAGAUAGUCCCCCGCCCACUCCUCCCAUGGUUAGACGCAGCUUGUCAGGAGCACAAUAUACAGUUUACAAACAGCCAAUACCGCUGGACAGAUUCAUCAUCAUUGAUGCUGAAGCCACACAUGCAGGAAGCACGUUAAAGAACUCGUUCGUAAUAAUCCACUACAGCAGAUUUAAACAAACAGUGGGAUUGUACACGCUACAAGCACCAUCACAAAAUCUCAAGGAAACCUGGACCAGCACUCUGAAGGCAGCUCAGGGUAAAUGGUCCGAGGCGGUGGCACUCGAACUGGCUGCGGAAACAGAAAAAAUGAGCUCCUUUCAGACUAACAAUGAAAAAGUCGUUGAACAAGAAACAGAACCUAAGUCUCCAGACGACACAACCUUGAGUCAAACUGAAAUGUUGUCUUAUUACAAACCCAUUGAAUCACAGUGUUGACGAUACAUUUAUAGGUCUGAAUUUCAUCCGUCUCUUCCCUUUACCCCAAGCGGGAAAGAGACGGCUGAAAUUCAGACUAAUACAUUUACUAUAAUCGUCAAAGAGCGAGACGCUGGUAGAAGCGUUCUUCUUGCUGUUUACUGGUUCACAAAAGCAUUACACGCCCAGAGUUCUCUGAGAGUCUGCACCAGUUGUCCCAAUCAGUCCAGACGACGACAUUCAUUUUUAGGCUUCGCCACAAACAAUUGAGUCCAUUUAUUGCCGGUCGACGAAGUCAUAAAAAGUUGAAUAGAAUGUUUACAAUCGAACCGGGACAUCCAAGUCUUUUAGGGAACAAACUAACUGUAAAUAAUGAACAUACAUAAAAAAAUUAUACUGUAAGUCUAUCGAGACACAUUACACAUUUCUGUUUCGCAAAUUGUUGAAAGCAGACCCAAGUUUCGAUCAUAAAACAACACAUCCAUACAUGCAUGGUCGCCCUUAACCAUAUUUCAAAACGUUCGUUUUGUUCCCAUGUACAUAGUAUGUUCUUUGCGAGUACAGAGUAUCCACCGCAUACAAAGGGGAUUUACACGGAUUUCAAGUUAAUGGCUUGGACUAAAAUAACCGAUAUAAAAUACUGUAGAAUGAAAAUUGGACUCCUUAUUACCACUUAACAUUUUUGUCCAAAUCAGGUUAAUUCUCAUUGUUAAUCAGUCAAUUUUGUAAAAUAUGUUCUAGAUAGAGAAUGUAAUAGGAAAUGAUAAACCCAAAGACACACCUUUA